UGAGAUAGCCUGCUACUUUAGCGGUAGAUGUUGUUUUAAGUCCAAACAUCAGACAGCAUUUAAAGGAUUUGUACAGCGAUAGAGAUAAGUGAUCUCAAGACGUGGAUGGUAUCACUUAACAUUUGCACAGGGAAACUACCAAAGGGAUGAGAAGCAAGUCUGCGAGGCCGCUGAAGGUGUGGCUGUGAGUGCUGACCCCUGCAGAUGAGACGGCCUCCCUGUGGGGGCCCACUCCACCUCCUUUUGACCUCUAAGGGAAGACCUUUCCCCCUCUUGUUUUCUCUGUCCUGAUGGAGCCAACCACACUGUGAAUUCAUGAUCACAUGACUUUGGAUAUGGACGCAGUCCUGUCCGACUUUGUCCGUUCCACGGGGGCUGAACCAGGACUGGCCAGAGACCUGCUGGAGGGCAAGAAUUGGGAUCUCAGUGCUGCCCUGAGUGACUUUGAGCAGCUUCGACAGGUACAUGCUGUGAAUCUGUCCUACUCCUUUGGGGAGGAUAGGGGACUCUAUCCCACUGAGAAGGAGAUGGCCAGAGUGGGACGGUCCCCUCUUCACCGGCAAGAUGACAUACAAGCCACAGAGAAGCGCCUCUCACGGGGCAUCUCCCACGCCAGCUCCACCAUCGUAUCCCUGGCCCGCUCGCACGUGUCCAACACAGGGGGGAACAACAGCGAGCCCCUCCUGGACACCCCCCUCUGCACCUUCCAGCUGCCCGACCUCACCGUGUACCGCGAAGACUUUCGCGGGUUUAUCGAGAGGGAUCUCAUCGAGCAGUCGAUGAUGGUGGCCCUGGAGCACGCGGGCCGGCUGAAUUGGUGGACACGGGUGGUACCUAGCUGUCAGAGUUUGUUGCCACUGGCAACGAGUGGGGAUGGAAACUGUCUGCUACACGCAGCCUCACUGGGGAUGUGGGGCUUUCACGACCGCGACCUCAUGCUGCGGAAGGCUCUGUAUAAAUUGAUGGACCACGGCCAGGAGAGGGAGGCACUGAGACGCAGGUGGCGGUGGCAGCAGACGCAGCAGAACAAAGAGUCGGGUCUGGUGUACACAGAGGAGGAGUGGCAGAGAGAAUGGAACGAGCUACUGAAACUGGCCUCUAGUGAACCCCGGAUACACUACAGCACAAAUGGCAGUAACUGCGCAGGGGGAGAAUCAUCGGAGGAGCCCGUGUACGAGAGCCUGGAGGAGUUCCACGUCUUCGUCCUGGCCCACGUGCUGCGCCGGCCCAUCGUGGUGGUGGCCGACACCAUGCUGAGGGACUCCGGCGGGGAGGCCUUCGCACCCAUCCCAUUCGGGGGAAUCUACCUGCCUCUUGAGGUGCCCGCCAUCAAGUGCCAUCGCUCACCCCUGGUCCUGGCCUACGACCAGGCCCACUUCUCCGCUCUUGUUUCCAUGGAACAGAAAGACAGCUCCAAGGAACAAGUGGCCGUGAUCCCCCUCACAGACUCUGAGCACAAGAUGUUGCCUGUGCACUUUGCUGUGGAUCCUGGCCGGGACUGGGAGUGGGGGAAGGACGAACUGGACAACGUGAUGCUGGCGAGUGUCACCCUGUCCCUGGAGGCAAAGCUGCACUUGUUACACACCUACAUGACAGUCACGUGGCUGCCACUACCCGCUAGUGAAGUGCAGCAGGCUCCCCUGGCCCAGCCUGAGUCACCCACAGCCUCCGCAGGAGAUGAUGCCCGAACGCCCCCAGACUCGGGCGAGUCAGACAAAGAGUCAGUCUGCAGCAGUACCAACGGCCACUGCGAAGGAGGUGCCGCCAACGGGAGCGGGGCGGCGGCUAAGACGGGUGGGGGCUCGUCCAGCUCCUCCAGCUCCUCCAGCUCCAGCUCCGGGGGAACAGCAACGGGGACGGGGACGGGCGGCAAGGGGAAGGCCAAGAAGGACAAGGACAAGGACAAGGACAAGAAGCGAGCUGACUCCGUCGCUAACAAGCUGGGCAGCUUCGGCAAGAGCCUGGGCAGCAAGCUGAAGAAGAACAUGGGCGGGCUGAUGACGGGGAAGACGGCAGGCGGAGGGGCCAAGCAGGCCGGGGAAGGCCAGGAGAAGAAGAAGAAGGGUUCUCUGAAGGGGCGCAAAGGCAGCAAGGACAGCUCGCCCUCUGCCCAGGGCGGCUCAGAGGAUUCUGGGAAGGGCUCCCCGUCGUCCGGCAGCGAGAGGCAGGGCAGGGAAGACCCCUGCAAGUACGGCGCCGACGUCAAGGUGAGCCUGAGCGUCCUGCGUGCCGCCAUGCAGGGGGAGAGGAAGUUCAUCUUCGCCAGCCUCCUCACCACCAGCAACCGCCAGCCCUUCCAGGAGGAGAUGAUCCAGCGCUACCUGGACGACGCCGAGGAGCGCUUCCGGGCGGAGCAUGAGCAGCGGCGGGAGGCAGAGAGGAAGGGCGGCGUGGUGCUGGGGCCGCCCGCCGGCGCGCAGGCGAAGAAGGAGGGGGUGGAGCUGGGCUACCGCUGCUACGAGGCCAAGGAGGACCUCGCUGACAGCUCCCCGCCCACUUUCAGUCACCUCAAAACCUCUGCGUUAACCCCCGCCCUCUACUCCGGCAUUGUGCCCAUCCCGCGGCCCACCAUCAUAGACCGCACCCCCGCCCCGCUGACCUCGCACCUUCCUCCCCCCAGCUACAUGGAGACCCGCCGGCAGCUGGCGGGCGGCUCCACCGCGUCCUACCCGGGCCUGCCGUCCUACGCCACUCUCCCACGGCACUGCCCGCUGGCGCAAGGCCCACCCCGCUCCCAGUACUACCCCCCGUCCUCUGUGGGCAGCCCGUCCCGCGUUGCCCCUUGCGUGCCCUCCUACUCCCUGGACCAGAGCCCCCUGGACUACCCAGCAGAGCCGGUGAGGCUGGGGGACGCGGGGGGAGGGUACGGCGGCGGCGUCCGGGAGACGCGCCUGGGCUCGGACAGCAGGAGCGGACCGCCCCCCGUGAGGCACUACUCGCUGGGCAGCGCGGGGGGCCUGGCCAGCUCGCAGUCCUCCCGGUGCAAAACCCCCAGCUGCAACUACUACGGCCACCCAGAGACGGGCCACUACUGCUCCUACUGCUACCGGGAGGAGCUGAAGAGAAGGGAAACGGAGCCGGCCAUCCACAGGUUCUGACUGAACGUCAGCCUGCGAUCUGCAGUUUCUGCCUCACUGUCUCCACGUCUGUCUCCAUCUCUCUCUUUUUAUGUUUGGUCUGUAUUAACUCUUUCCCUUCCGGAAAGACGCACCCCCUCCUGUAUGCCUAUGUCACGUGCUGUUUAAAAGGAAAUGCCACAAGCAGCCUUUUUUAACAGGAUGCAAUAAUAAUAGUAGUGAUGAUUUUAUCAAUGGGGCAAGGCCUGGUGGAGAACAGGGGGAUUUGCACUUAUGUUUCUUUUGCUGUGGCUCUUACCAGGAAUCGGGUGUGAACAGGAAUCUUUCUCAGGCUGUGCCAGACUACUCCACCUAGGGGAGAGAUGUCAGCAUACUCACAGCAUACUCAGAGCACAGGUCACUGCAGUGAAUGACAUACACACACAUACGUAUACCAUCUAUAGCCAGAAUCAGCAUAUUUAUGUUACUUAGUUUACAGAUACUGGACACUGUUUUUGUAGGUGAAUUCCAUUCAUGCAGGGCCUUCUAGGUGUUUCGUAGUCCCACUGCACCAACCAAGAACACCGGGGGUUACCCUUACUGGAUAUGUUACAGAACUGAACCAUGUGCACUGCAUAUGAAAAUGAAAUGACGAGUAAUUCAGAAUAGAUGUGUGUGCUUUUUUUGCGUUGUUCUACUGCAAUAGAAUGUAAAUUUAGUUUACCAUGGUAUUAUUCUCUGAACCAGAAAAGCUAUGCAAUUGUACUUGUGUUGGACUGUGUACCGUUUAAGCAUCACAGGUAAAGAUAACGGUACCAAAUGCGAUUCAAGGCGUGCCUUUUGUUCCUGGAAAGCUCAUUCCUGUGCAUACUUCAUUCUAUUUAUUGCACCUGCUUGGUGCUCACAUUGCAUGAAUAAUUUUCCCCUUUCAAAGCAUUUUAAGUCAGAGUUCCCACCCGAUUCUCUGGAGAAUUUUGCGUCAUUUCAUUUCAAGCACAAUUGACUACCCCUGCAGGUGUUUUGUGUAGAACAAAUCCAACAGAUCAAGGCCUGCUUUUAACACCAA